UACAAAACCUACCAGUUCAACGUUUCAGUAAGCAAUACAAUCCCACUGAAUCGGAAUAUUCCGGACACGCGUCCAGAUGAAUGCAAACGUACUGGCGAUAAGGAUUACGACAUUUUUCCAAAAGUAUCCAUUAUAAUCCCAUUUCAUAAUGAAGACUGGUCGGUUCUUUUGAGAAGUUUACAUAGCAUUCUGAUACGAACGCCUGAUAAUUUACUCGGUGAGAUCAUAUUAGUGGACGAUAAAAGUGAUUAUUCUUACCUGAAAACACCCUUGCAACGAUACUGCAAAGUCUUGAGUGAUAAAAUAAUUAUCACACUGAACAGGAAACGAGAAGGAUUGAUUCGAUCCAGGAUAUCCGCAGCGAAAAGAGCCAAACACGAAAUUUUAAUUUUCCUAGAUGGGCACGUGGAAGUUAACGUUGGCUGGCUACCUCCCCUUCUCAGAGCGAUCAAAAACAACACGAACACGAUCGCUGUACCGCUAAUAGAUGCAAUUGAUCGGAAUACGCUGGAUUAUGCGGCCUGGAGUUAUCUUGUUCACGGCGGGAUGACUUGGACGAUGGAAUUCGUGUGGAAAUUUUUGCCAAAUCGAUUGCAAAACCGACGAGUUACGGACCCGAUUCCAUCUCCGACGCUUUUAGGAUGUGCUAUUGCAAUUGAUAGGAAUUAUUUCUUUCAUUUGGGAGCUUUCGAUCCGGGAAUGUUUAUCUGGGGCGGAGAGAAUGUGGAGAUAUCAAUAAGAAGUUGGACCUGCGGUGCCUCCAUUUUGAUAAUUCCCUGUUCGAGGGUGGGACAUCUAUUCAGGGAAUUCCUUCCCUACUCAUUCCCAAAGGAUCUCGGAGGUGCGAAUAUAAUGCACACGAACAAUCAACGUUUGGUCGACGUUUGGUUGGACGACUACGCUCACAUUUACUACGCGGCCACAAAGCCUAGGGUGACAAGCGACGAAAUUCAAUUAAUGAGUCGACACCGUUUAAGGAAAAGGUUGAACUGUAAAAGUUUUAAAUGGUUUCUAGACAACGUCAUACCCGAAUUAACGACGCCAAAACCAACCUCGAAA